AGGGUCAGUCCGAGUCUUGAAUGAGUCUCGUGCGCUGAAAGAACACGGUUUGGACUAUUCAGAAAGGAAAGAUUGCGCUGCAUUGGUUAAAACAAAACACUGGAAACAUGAAGUCUCCAAAGCUUAAAACCCAAGCUAAAUUUGUGAGUGAGGAAGAUCUUGACGAUGUUCUCGGGGAGUUUGACGCUGUCAUUGAAGACUUUACGUCGCCAAUUGAGAAACGUCACUUCAGGUACGACGAGCACCUGAAAACCAUGAAGAGACGGAGCAGCGCGAGCGUCAGCGACAGCGGCAUCAGCGACUCUGAGAGUGCGGAGUCCCUCAACAGAAACAGCUUCAGCUUCAGCGACGAGCGGCUCAACUCCCCCACGGGGCUCCCCUCCAACCCCACCUCCCCCACUCUCAUGUCGCCAAAACCUAAACUCGGGGACACGAAGGAGCUGGAGGACUUCAUCGCUGACCUGGACAAAACAUUAGAAAGCAUGUGACCCCGUGAGCCGCGAGGGAGGGGGAAGUGUCUGUACCCAGGCUAACGCACACAUCUGGAACCCGCCCAACAGGAAACAGCUGGAUGCCACGGCGACUGCCAGCGGGACAGGGACUGCGAGAGGAGUUCCGCUGGUAUUUUCCUAAACGUCGUCCUCUGCGCGUGUCGGACCACCUGAGGAGAGAGCGCAGAAGAAGCUCCAAAUUAGCGACGUGGACGAUGUGUGAGGGUUUGGACGCCCUCGACUGGAAAAGACUUGGACUUAAUAACAGAGUCACUGGAUCGUUUACUGUUAGACAAACACUUCCUCAUCCAAAACUUGACCUGGAAGAGUAUUUAAUAUGGCUUUUAUAUUAGAAUUAUAUUGUAAUUUUAUAGUGCUACACAUUUGUAAAUUGUCUUUUUGUGAAAUAUAUUUUUGUAUCUUGUGUAAAUAAUAAUUGUCUCAGAUUCUAUUUGCUUUGGCAUUAACAGAAGUCUUUAAGUUUAUGUUUAAAUGGCCUGAGCUAAAACUCCUCUGGAAAUAACUGGAAUCAAAUGUAUUUAAUAGAGAUCAUGUCACCGGAGUUAUUAUGACAUAAAGAUGUUCUGUCAUU